CCGCAUGUGCGGGCAAAACACCUAGUAUAUAAUAUAUAGUCCCAUCAAAUAAUUUACAUGAGAAUAUAAUAAGAGACUAUUUCUAACUAGUGUAGAAUUUUUUCUAAAGUUUUUCCCCACUAUCAUUGACAUAGUUUCUCUAGAUUCCUCUCUUUUCUCAUUCAAAGACCUAAAAGACUAAAACGAAGAAAAAAAUGAUGUAGUGAUCAUCACAGAUCUAGAAAACAACAAGAGUCGAUCCAAAUACCAUGGCUAGUCCUAGCAACAAAGGCAAAGACAUCGCAGAAGGGUCACCGUCUCAAACGCACCCGCAGCAGCAACCACAAUCACCUCCUAACCCGCCAGUGUUAAGCCGUUACGAGUCACAGAAAAAGCGAGACUGGAACACGUUUUGUCAGUACCUUCGUAACCAGCAACCACCGGUUCACGUCUCACAGUGUGGCUCUAACCACAUCCUAGACUUUCUCCAGUAUCUUGACCAGUUUGGAAAGACAAAGGUUCAUGCUCAUGGUUGUGUUUUCUUCGGACAAGUUGAGCCCUCGGGACAGUGUAACUGUCCUUUAAAACAAGCGUGGGGGAGUUUAGAUGCUUUGAUCGGACGGCUGAGAGCAGCUUACGAGGAGAACGGAGGGUUGCCGGAGAGAAACCCUUUUGCCGGCGGUGGAAUUAGGGUUUUUCUAAAGGAAGUGAGAGAUUCACAGGCGAAGGCAAGAGGAGUUCCUUACAAGAAAAGGAAGAAGAAGAAGAAGAGGAAUCCUAUGAGGAGUCAUGAUGUUGAAGAUGGUACUGCAGGGACUAGUAGCUCCAACUUGCCAGCUUAGCAAGCAAACAAAAAAAACAUAUAAUAAAAACAAUAGUGGAAUUAAUUAAUGGUAAGCGUUUAUCUCACUCUAUAUAUAUUUUUCUCUAUUAGUUUUAAUUAAUUAUCACGUUUAUGAUCUAUCUGCAAUUUUACAUAUGUAUUUGAAAUAGAUCUCGACAGUAAGCUUUUGUUGCAGCCUUUUAGUUUAUACACAAGCCAUAUAAUAAAUGAACACGACU